UCGAAGGCGCAGCUAGAGCCGAGAAAGCUAAGAGGCCAGAGAAUAGGGCAUGGAUCUAUCACUCACAAUUCACAACAGACUAACAUAACCUUCUACUUUCCACACUAAAGAACUGUUAGCUCCCAUAAUAAAAGAAAGAACCGUCCUGUCCAAAGUGAAUGGGCAGCAGGUGGAGAGCUACUGCUUCUCUUGUCCUCGACCACAUAACCACAAAAGCUUCUGACUUUCUUUUAUCUAACCUUCCCAAACCUUUUAAUCGCUCACACCCUUUAAUCCAAACUGUCCGUGGCUUCAAAUUCAGGCCAUUUUCUGCAAUCCCUUUCCGGGUUUCGGUUUAUAGCUAUGAAAUUGAAUCUGGGUCUCAUGAUUUCGCUCUUAAUUAUCCUUUGGGACCUAAAGAAGAUGAGGAAACUGGAAAGAUUCCCGUCAAAGCUUACUUCCUUUGUACCAGUAUUAAUUUGAAGAGCAUGCAAGCAGAGAAUUUAAGCAAUGUUGUUCCUCCUACCUCUCGCUCGACAAAUUAUACUGUCCUCAGAUUUUUCAAUUUCUCUUCAGACAUUAGUGCACUUGGAAUAGGAGGGUAUGCCAGUUGCCGAUACAUGGUUGUAUUCCAAUAUGGAUCUGCUGUUCUAUUUAAUAUCGAGGAUCAUGAAGUUGAAAGGUACCUGGAAAUAGUAAGGAAGCACACUUCUGGAUUGCUUUCCGAGAUGAGGAAAGAUGAUUAUGCCAUAAUAGAGAAACCACUUCUGGCUGAGGACAUGCAGGGAGGUCUAGAUUACAUCGCUCUCAAAACCUUAGACACUGAUAGUAUUCGCAUUAUUGGAAGUGUGCUUGGGCAAAGCAUAGCUUUGGACUAUUUUGUUUCACAGGUUGACGGGAUGGUUGAAGAGUUUUCUGGCAUAAAUCGUGCUAUGGAAAAAACUGGAACUUUCACAAUGGACAGGAAAAAGCUCCUUCAACUUGUUGGGAAGGCUAAUUCAAAUCUAGCUGAUGUGAUUCUAAAAGUGGGUCUUUUUGAGAGAUGUAAAACCAUGUGCUGUUAGGAGAUUUCAGUAAGAUCUUCUUGUUAAGCACCUGGUGAACCUUUUAGGUUUCUGUUCCAUUUCCCCAUAUAUUUACUGUCAUCAGUCAUUAAGAAGCAUGAAGAUUUUAAAGAGCAGGAAACUUUUUUAGAAAAGAAUCUUCUUUUUCUUGGGUAGUGUUGUCUCCAAUUUAAAGAAACGCAUCUGGCAUCUGAAUGAAUCUGCUUAUCUUAGAUGAGGAGUUCUGCAUGGAAUCCUUUGGAUGUUGGUUCAAACUAUGAUGAUUCCAUGGGCCAUAUAAACUAUUGAUGUUCUUUAGUGCUAUUCAAUAAGCUGUUCUUAAGUUCCUUGUCGGUCUAGUCUGGUAUCAUUUCGAGAAUGAAUGUGCGUGUGCUUCAGCCUCAUUAUAUUUUCAGGUUCCUCACAGAAUCUCAUUGCUCAUUAAAGUUUAGACUCCUUUAUCUAAGAAAAAGUGUUGAGACAAGCCUCAGUUAGAAAAGGCAGGUUACAGGUUGACUAUAAUGAAAUUGUAAAAUUGAUGAAUUUGUAGAAGUAUCCAAAACAGCAUUGUAUAUGCUGUGAUUUUUUAACAUGCAUU